AUGGAUCAGACAACAAAAAACCAGGAUCAUGGUUCAAAGGAUGGCACAGCAAGGCCAAAAUCAAAACGUGACUAUCCAAAACGCCCUCGGGCCUCCGAAAAUAAAUUCAAUGCCCUGCAAACGGGGAUCAAGGAAUUUCUGAAUACCCCGCCAUCACAAUCACUUCUUGCUGAUCUCGAGAUCUCUUUUGACGCCAUCACCGCGUCUCUUCCAAAGCGUUACACGGUCUAUGAGCCUCUCGUUCUGCUGCCGGCAAAUGCAUUUAACGCACCCCCACUCUGGGGCACAUUCUGUGCCGCGCUAUCACCAGAGCAGAAAGAUCUCUUAUAUACCUCAAUAGCGAAGGCCUUCGGACGACUCGGCGCAACCCAUGUGGCAGUAAACGCACCCAUUGCCAUGACCACCCAAGGUCAAGAGAACCGGAUGCGAAGUCCCGCCGGCCUGAUUCCACUUCACGGCAACUUUGGGAAUUCCUCCAUAGCCGCGGGGGAUGAAAGUGAACAACCCGACGCGGCAGAGCUGGAGCAUGCAUUCUGGGUGCAGACUGUACAAAAUCACGGCAUUCAACAAAUCUGGGCUCCGCUCUAUACGAUGUUCUCCCGCGGAAAUAUUACAGAGAAGGCCCGAAUUUUGGGACAAGGUCCCUCUCAAGGAACAUUUCCAGGCUUGGAUGAGCAAUCCUUACGAGGGCAAAAAAUCUCGGACAUCAGUGUUGUUGACAUGUAUGCAGGCAUUGGUUACUUUGUCUUUUCGUACCUCAAGCGAGGUGUCAAGCGUGUCUGGGGAUGGGAACUGAACGGUUGGUCGGUGGAAGGCUUGCGUCGAGGAUGCGAAGCUAAUCGAUGGGGCUGCCGAGUGAUUAAGGUCCGGGAAAAUGGGGGAUUGGACAUGACGGUUGAAGAGCUUGUGGACAACCUGACAGCGAAUGACCGGGUUGUCAUCUUUCAUGGAGAUAACACAUUCGCGGCUCAAAUUCUCACAAAGGUCCAACAGGUUAUGGAGCAGAGGAAUACGUGGAGUCCAGUUCGUCAUGUCAACCUGGGCCUUUUGCCUUCCUCAAGACCAUCCUGGGACAAUGCGUGCAAGGUUCUUGACCGACAGCAAGGUGGCUGGUUCCAUGUCCAUGAAAAUGUGGACAUGCGAGAGAUUGAAGAAAUGAAGGAAAAAUUAAGGACCGAGCUGGCAAGACUUCGAAAGAUCGUCCACGCCGAGCAUGACAUACCUGGAGACCCCGUCAUAGACUGCCAUCAUGUCGAAAAUGUUAAGACAUAUGCUCCAGGUGUCAUGCAUUGCGUCUUCGAUAUUCAAGUUGCGCCUUUUGAAGCGUCUCUCGGUCUUGCAGAAUGA